AUGUGUACUUUAGCAGAAGUUUAUACCAUAAUAGAGGGCGCUGAACAGGAAUGUCGAAGAGGAGAUUUUGCUAAUGCAAGAACAAAGUACCAAGAAGCCAUUGAAGUAUUAGGUCCACAGAACGAAAAUUUAUCUCAGAAUAAACUAAGUGAUGACGUUACGCAAGCCAUUGAUUUACUGAAACAGGACAUUACAGCCAAAAUUCAGGAAUUAGAGCUUUUGAUUGAAAAGCAGUCACUAGAAGAAAAUAACAUUGGGAUUGUUAACAACAACAUGCUUAUUGGAUCCGUCAUUUUAAAUAACAGAACCCCGAUGAAUGGAAUAGGAAAUACAAGAAAUUGGGAUGAUUCAGAAUACCAGGACACGUUAAACCCCAUUAACGAUCCAAUUCUCAUGUCAAUUUUAAAUCGUUUACAAUUCAAUUUGAACAAUGAUAUGCAGACGAAAGUGGAAGCAGGAAAAAACUCUAAAAGCUUGGAAAUGAAGAUCAACUUGAGACUGGAACAAUUCAAAAAAGAGUUAGUGCUCUAUGAACAGAAAAAAUUCAAGGAAUAUGGCAUGAAAAUUGAUCAAGUUACGAGAGAGAAUAAAAAACUGUCUAAUGAAAUUGGACGACUAAGGGAGCGUUGGGACAGCUUAGUAGAAAGUGCAAAGCAAAGAAGAGAUAAACAACAAAACUAG